AUGGCCCUUUACUGCGGCGACAACUUCGGCGUGUACUCGCAGCCCAGCCUGACCCCCGCCGCCGCCGCCCCGGGCGCGCCCCCGGCCUCCAGGGCGCCCUACACGCUGGCCGACUACGCCGCGCCGCCGGCCGCUGCCGCCAACCCUUACCUGUGGCUCAAUGGGCCCGGGGUGGGCAGCCCGUCCUCCGCCGCUGCCGCCGCGGCUGCCGCCUACCUGGGCGCACCGCCGCCGCCGCCGCCUCCCGGGGCCGCGGCCGGGCCCUUCCUGCAGCCGCCGCCCGCCGCCGGCUCCUUCACGUGCGCCCAGCGGCCCUUCGCGCAGCCCGCGCCCGCCGCGCCCGCCUCGCCCGCGGGGUCCGCGGCGCCGGGAGAGCUGGGCUGGCUGUCCAUGGCCAGCCGCGAGGACUUGAUGAAGAUGGUGCGGCCGCCCUACUCGUACUCAGCGCUCAUCGCCAUGGCCAUCCAGAGCGCGCCCGAGCGCAAGCUUACGCUCAGCCACAUCUACCAGUUCGUGGCCGACAGCUUCCCCUUCUACCAGCGCAGCAAGGCCGGUUGGCAGAACUCUAUUCGCCACAACCUGUCUCUCAACGACUGCUUCAAGAAGGUGCCCCGCGACGAGGAUGACCCAGGGAAAGGUAAUUACUGGACUCUGGAUCCAAACUGCGAGAAGAUGUUUGAUAAUGGAAACUUCCGUCGGAAGCGCAAGCGGCGGUCGGAGGCCAGCGGCAGCUCUGCGGUGGCCACCGGGACUUCCAAGUCAGAAGAAGGGCUGUCCUCGGGAUUGGGGGCCCGGGUGGGUGGCGCCCCGGAGGGAGAAGGCCCUUCCUCGGUGCUGCGGCCACCGCAGUCUCCGGAGCCUGAGGGCGCCAAGAGCCCCGGGUCCCCGCCGGGUGGCCCUGUGCUGGCCUCCACCCCCUGCCUCGGUGCCUUCUUCAGCAGCCUCAGCAGUCUCAGCGUCGGCAGCGGUGGGAGUGCCCAGCGCGCCAGCCCUGGUGGCCGCCACCUGGGGGCCCAGGGCCCUCAGCUGCCCUCCAGCAGCGUCUUCCCCGCCACCUCCAUCUCCGAGGCCUCUGCAGACACCUUGGCGCUGGGCACCAGCAGCGGCAGCAGCCAGCGAUCUUCCUACUACAGCCCGUUCCCGGCCAGUGCCGGUGGGGGCCAGAGCAGCCCCUUCAGCAGCCCCUUCUACAACCUGGGCAUGGUCAACAGCCUCAUCUACCCACGGGAGGGCUCCGAGGUAUAG